AUGGUCUCCAUGCUCGAGGCCAACGAUUCCAGCAUCAAUAAUGACUCGCCCAUGGAGACGGUCGUGCCCAAGAGCGAGCCUCCGCGCGACGCUUCCGUCAGCUCGGCCGUCUCGACGCCCGAGGCAGAAGUAGAGACGCUGACCCAGGAUGUUGUCCAGACGCAGAAGAGGAAAGGAGGCAGAAAACCUAUCUAUGCUACCUCGGAGGAGCGCAAGCAGCGCAAUAGACAGGCCCAGGCUGCCUUCCGCGAGCGGCGCACAGAGUACAUCAAGCAGUUGGAGACGACCAUUAAGCAUAAUGAGGAGACGCUCCAGUCUCUACAGCAGAGUCACCGUAGUGCAGCAGACGAAUGUCUGAUGUUGCGAUAUAAGAAUUCGCUGCUGGAGAGAAUUCUGCUGGAGAAAGGUAUUGAUGUACAGGCAGAAUUGCGUCUGAAGAGUGCUGCGCCGGGCAUGGCGCCGGUCAAGCCCAACACGAUGGUACCAAAACAGCCGGCGCCCCUGGACCGUACGGCAAUUCACAGGAAUUCCCUUACCAGGCAAAAGGCUGGAAUUGUUCCUAAGCCGGACCUGCCAGGAUUGUCCCAGCAGCACCGUGAAGGUGCUUACGGUGUGCAGUCACCUCAACUCCAGCCGACUCCCUCCUCUCACGUCUCCUCGCCAUCGACAGCCAGAUCCCCCGGGUUUGGCUUGUCGGGCGCAAUGUCUCCAACGAGCACCGAAUUCCAGACACAGCAGCAGCAGCAGCAGCAGCAACAUGGCCGUCCGCCGUUACUCCCUCAGCAGCGAAGCUUUAAUCAAGGCCCGUCAUCGAUGGGAAUGGCCAGUUCGGAUUCCAUGGAGCCCGCCACGUCGCAAUCGAUGAUGUCCGGUGGUACAGCGCCAAUCGCUUCCCGCAUGUCAUCGGCGUACUAUCCGUCACCAUUCCAAAAGCAUUAUGACCAACUAGAGCAGGAGUACGACGCCCAAGCUGACCUGCUCGACGACCACGACCAAGACGACACAGUGAACGCCGGUUCCUUCGUACCCGAUUUCAACCAGCCUCCCGCCCCGAACGGCUCACGGCGAUUAGGGAUGCCGCCUCAUUUCAACUCGCAGACCGGAGAAGUCGACCAGAACGCUUACGGUGGGAGCAAUAAUCCUCUCUUCGGACAAUACGAACCGAUGCUCGACACGGAUCCGUUUGGUCUCAACGCAAGCAUGCACUUUCAGACCCCGUACAGUUACGAGCAGAACCAACAUCUCCGGCAAUGAAAGUGGCCAAACAGGACGCUGCCACGAGAUGAUCUUCACUUUCGCCUGUAUACCAUUUUUUUUACACUAUUGUUUAUUUUUCAAUUCCCUCUUGUUCCGGUGGCCACGUCAUAUUCCUGGGAGACGGAAAGACAAAAGAAAAGUUCUAUACCAACGCAUUGCUGGGCGUUUAGGGUUGAUACCAUUUUGAUGUUGUUUCUCAGCUGGAGAAUCUCCAGGUAACGCUGUUUUUCCUCUUCUCUUCUCUUCUGGGGUUGUUCUUUUUUUUCCGUAAGUUGGGACGAUGGCUUCUCUCUCUCUCGUAUGACAUACAUGAUGAUGGACGUGUACAUACAUACUCUAGCAGUACCAUAGCCAUUGCGGGGAUCAGAGUAAAGAAAACAGGAAUAACAAUACAAUGAGAUAUUAUUUUAAAUGAUUCUAUAUUAUUAUUUUCCAUACUGUAUGAUGCUGGAGUUCAGCAAUGUAAUAAUAAUAUAAUAAUGAUCAUG